GGAGUACCACGUCAGCAGGCCCAGCCUGAUCUAUGCUUACGCGCUCGAAAACAACCGUUAUGGACCAGAUGUCCGGGAAAACGGACGAGGCCUAUCAGGCCUGGAUGCUGCUUCUGAUUACCGAAGCUAAGCAACAGUCGGAUGCAGUAGCAGCCGCAGCAAAGAAGAAGGCAGAGGACGCCGAGAAGGCACGUCUGCUGGCAAUUGAACAGCUGCGCCAGCACGACGAGGCAGCAGCAAAGGCUGCCGAUGAAGAACAAGUUCAACGUCGCGAGAGGAUAUACAGCGGAGAGCAAGCUUUGCUCACAAUGGCUACGGAUUGGCGGGCCGAGGCCGAGAAUGGCAAGAUGGAAGAGAGUGAAAACAAGAUCGCUCUACUCCUCUCCCAUCUCACGGACCUCCUGGCAACAUGCAUUCCACAACAGGAGGACAUCCACAACCUCGACGACGUGAUGACUCCAGUCCACAGCCGCCUCCGGCAGCUGGAGCAGCGACCCGUCACCGCCCCCGAUGCCAACUUUUCCAACACCUCCGAUCGCCUCGAGGCAUUGGAGAUGGACGUCGGCUCCCUCAAGGACGGCUUGCUUGACGAGUUCGCCGACAUCUUCGAGUCACCUACCGGUGUGGUGUCGGAUCGGCCAAUCUCUCACGAGAUCAUUCUCGAGGGCGGUGUCGUGCCGCCGAAAGGUUGCAUUUAUCGCAUGAGCGAGGAGGAGCUUACGGUCCUCCGCUCGCAACUCGAUGAUUUGUUGGACAAGGGCUGGAUCCGCCCUAGUAGCUCUCCAUACGGAGCGCCAGUUCUCUUCAUACGGAAGAAGAACAAAGAUCUACGAUUGUGCAUCGACUACCGCAAGCUCAACGUGCAAACCGUCAAGAAUGCGGGGCCUCUUCCUCGCAUCGACAAUCUUCUUGAGCGAUUGGGCGGCGCAAAGUAUCUAAUGGCAAUGACCAACGAGUUUCGUGCAAUGUUGGACCGGUUCGUGCUGGUCUACUUAGACGAUAUUCUCGUUUAUAGCCGGCCAUGGGAGGAUCAUCUUGAGCACCUUCGACGAAUGUUGGAGAUGCUCCGCCGCGCCAAGUACAAGGCCAACCGCGACAAUUGCGAAUUUGUCUGGCAAGAGCUGGAAUACUUGGGCCAUUUUGUCACACCGACGGGCAUUCGUCCGCUAUCGGACAAGAUUCAAGCCAUCCAAGAGUGGCCGGAGCCACGGAACGUCACGGAUGUUCGCUCGUUCCUUGGCCUCGCCGGCUACUACCAGAGUUUUAUCAAAGGCUACUCGAAGAUCGCGGCCCACUUGACCAAGCUUCAAUGCGAGGAUCGGCCGUUUGACUUGGGAGAGGAUGCGCGGGAAUCAUUUUUGGCUCUCAAAGCCGCAAUAUUAUUUGCGGAGGUCUUGCGCAUAUACGACCCGCUUUUGCCUACGCGCGUCACUAUGGAUGCGUCCGGCUAUGGCAUUGGUGCCGUCCUCGAGCAACACGAUGGCGUGGACUGGCAACCGGUCGAGUAUUUCAGCAAGAAAGUGCCCGUCGUGCACUCCAUUGACGAUGCACGCAAGAAGGACCUCCUCGCCUUCGUCCACUCGCUCAAACGGUGGCGGCACUUCCUCCUUGGUCGAAGCCAAUUCCGAUGGGCAACGAACAACAAUCAGUUGGUCUUUUACAAGACCCGAGACACCGUCAACAGCACCAUCGCUCGAUGGAUGACUUUCAUUGACCAGCUCGACUUCUUUCCUGAUCAAAUUUCGAGGAAGUCGAACCGUUUUGCGGAUGCUCUUUCACGGCGUCCGGAUUAUUGUACCACGGUCUAUUCAACCUUUGAGAUCGACAACGACCUGCGGUGCAGCUUCAUCCGCGGCUACCAAGCCGACCCUGAGUUCCGCGACAAGUACGCGAAUUGCUCCUCUCCUAAUCCAGCGCUUUCUCACUACCAGAUCCAAGAGGGGUACUUGCUUGUCCACACACGGGGGAAGGACCUUCUUUGCGUACAGAGUGACCCUCACUUGCGUACACGGCCUCUUGGCGAGUUCCACGAUGCUCCCGCCACCGAACACAUUGGAGUCAAUCGCACAAUUGGCCGACUUCGCGAGCAAUUUUGGUGGCCCGGCCUUCUCGGCGACGUCACACGCUAUUGCGAGUCAUGCGAGGUUUGUCGACGCUGCAAAUCUCGCAACCAUCGUCCAUACGACGAGUUGCGACCAUUACCGGUCUUGUUGCUGCGAAUGGAAGCGAUUGCCACGGACAUUACCGGUCCGUUCCCCAAGCACAAGACCGGUGUGGAUGGGAUUCUCACGGUGGUCGACCGACUCACCAAGUUCGACAUGUUUUUGCCUUGUCACUAUCAUGCCAAGGCACCGGAGUUGGCCGGGGUUCUUUACACCGGUUGGAUUCGAACCAAGGGUUACCCCAAGGAAAUCGUCUGCGACUGCGACACUCGGUUCAUGUCCGAUUUUUGGUUGGCGCUCAUCAAAAGAUGGGGCUCAUCUCUCAAGCCAAGUUCGGCUCGCCACCCCCAAACCGAUGGCCAAACGGAGAGGGCGCAUCAAACCGCACAGGUUCUCCUUCGCACUCUCAUCCGCCCCGACCAGAAGGAUUGGGUUGAGCGGCUGCCGGAUGUCGAGUUGGCUUACAACUCGUCCAUCCACCCGGCUAUCGGGAUGUCGCCCUUCGAGUUCGAGCACGGCUCGCCGGUCACUUCGUCGUUGGACACAAUCAUUCCAUGAACGGCCGAGAGCGACGACCAUCUUUUUUUUUUGCGUCGGAUGCAAGAGCUACUUGUCAA